CACCAUCAUCCUCCUGCAAUAGGAACGUCGUUGUGCUGGAGAUAAGGGCAUCCUCCCAGCUCCCUGUGCUCAUGACUACCGACUAGGGUCGCUCAUUUUCGCUUGACGCCGCGGGAUUAAAGGACUGCAUUAUGGUAAAACACCGCCCAGAGAGAGACAGCUGGGGGUCUCUGAGUGACAAAAAUGUUUAUGAGUGGAGCUCAGAGGAAGAGGAGCCGGAUGGACGAGCCCGGCCCGUCCAGGUGCUGCUGGUCAAAGACGACCACACCUUCGAGCUGGACGAGGCGGCGCUGAGCCGCAUCCUCCUCUCCGAGGAGGUCAGGGACCGAGAGGUGGUGGCCAUCUCUGUGGCGGGGGCUUUCCGCAAGGGCAAGUCCUUCCUCAUGGACUUCAUGCUGCGCUAUAUGUACCACCAUGCGUCUGAAAACUGGCUCGGCGACGCUAACGAGCCGCUGACGGGCUUCUCCUGGAGGGGGGGCUCUGAGAGGGAAACCACUGGGAUCCAAAUCUGGAGCGAGGUCUUUCUGGUGGACAAACCAGAUGGUAGAAAGAUUGACGGCGAGUUCAUAAACAACCUGAAGAUCCUGAUCCCCUGGAUCCUCAGUCCUCGUAACAUCGACGUGAAGGAGAUCAACGGGAGCAAGAUCACCUGCAGGGGCCUGCUGGAGUACUUUAAGGCAUACAUCAAAAUAUACCAGGGGGAAGAGUUGCCUCAUCCAAAGUCGAUGCUGCAGGCCACAGCAGAGGCCAACAAUUUAGCAGCAGUUGCAGCUGCAAAGGAUCUCUACAACAAAAAAAUGGAGGAGGUCUGCGGGGGUGAUAGACCCUUCCUGGCCCCCAGCGAGCUGCAGAACCGACACGGAGCCAUCAGGGAGGAGGCCCUGCAGCUCUUCCGCGGCGUCAAAAAGAUGGGAGGCGAGGAGUUUAGCCGCCGCUACCUGCAGCAGCUGGAAAGCGAGAUCGACGAGGUGUUUGUUCAGUACAUCAAGCACAACGACUCCAAGAACAUUUUCCACGCUGCCCGCACGCCGGCCACACUCUUCGUGGUCAUCUUCGUCAUGUACGUGGCCGCAGGGAUCACGGGCUUUGUGGGUGUGGACAUCAUCGCCAGCUUGUGCAACAUGAUCCUGGGCCUGGCGCUGAUCACUCUCUGCACCUGGGCCUACAUCCGCUACUCAGGGGAGUACAGGGAACUCGGCGCCGUCAUCGACCAGGUGGCCGGAGCGCUUUGGGACCAGGGGAGCACAAAUGAGGCUCUGUAUAAGCUGUACAAUGUAGCGGCCAACCACCGGCACCUGUACCACCACGCUUUCCCUGGAGCCCAUGCAGACGGCGGUGCGGAGGAGCGAGACAAGAAGAAGGACUGAUGGCGACGCAGUCGGGACUUUCUUUAGGGAUGUACAGAGGGGGAGGGGGAAGGAGAGGGGACAUCCUCACCCAUGGAGCACUUCUGUAUUCUGGUGAUGGCUGCUGCAGCCAACAAGUCCAGGCACUACUUUAAUCCUUAUACUGAACUUUAUAACGUUCAUAUAUCAGAUUGUCAGAGCACCUCAGUAGUGGGGGGGAGGGGUCGUAUGUCACGUUUCAUCUGGACAGAUACAGGGGGCGCUCUGCUGGAGGAGAGCUCCUCGUACCCGUCUGCCGUUUAGAAUCACAGAUCUCUGUCAUUUAAUGCAGGCAAUUCUUUUUUUUCCAAAGUGUUGCAGAGUUUGUGAGACAAAUGUUCUGUUCUUUAAGGUUUCGUGUUUAUAUCUACGAUCUGCAAAGGCCAAAUUAUGUACAGUGUGUUGAAUAAUGAAGCAGCAUUAUCUGCAUGUUGAUGUUUCUCAUCUUUAAGCUCAGAAUUCAGGUAUACUUUUUAAGAAAAAAAAAAAAACAUGUUUUAAUGGUUGUGACAAAGUGGUAUCGUGCCAUAAAAUGUUGAUUUGUUUUUGUUUUUCUUUCAUACAUCCGUUCCAGCCGAGGCAAAUCUAAACACACUAAGGUUUUUAGGUGCCUCUCAGAUUUAAUGGCGUUAGAACCACCAACUUUAGUGGGUUUUGUCAGGAUUUUGUCCAACAGACCAACGCAGGCGUAAUGAGACUGUGGAAGGGAGGUUGAAGAAAGAAUCUGGAAAGUGUGGGGUGCAUUUCUGCCCCUCUGAACCAUUUGUCCCUGCAGACUCCUGAGGUGCAGACAGGUUGGAUAAAAAAAAAGUGAACAAAUUUCAAUCCUGCCAGAUGCUGAAAUAGAUUUGAUCUCUUAACCCUCUGAGCACAUAAUUGAUUUAAACAUUUAUUUAUAUUUAUGUUAAAGGUUUGUUUACUUGCUAGAGGGUUGAAAUUGUCCAUCCUAGAUGUUAUUCGGUUUCCUUUCGAAAGUAAUAAAGUUGAACUUAUCCUUCCUUCAACUCUGACCAGCUUCCCUGUUUUGGGGAAAAAAGUAAACCCACAGCAUGAUCUUGCCACCGCCGUGUAUCUUGUUUGAACAUUUGCAUCCUUAUAACCCCCCCCUGAGCUUUAAAGCCCACAAAUCAAAAGUUACUUUCCUAGAUUUUGGUUCAGCUGGUCUCUGCACAUUAAGAGACUGUUGAUCAAGCUUUAUCUUCCUCUUCGUAUUUGAAUUAUAAUCCUUUUUGUGUGUGUUCUAUCACAGAAAACCCUGUUAAAACACACUGGAGGUUGUAGGUGUGAUAAAAAGAGGAAGAAUUUAAGUUACAUUUCCUCUUUCUGGAGUAGUUCCUGGAUCAGGUGUAUUUUAGGGCCUUAGUGGCGACAUAUAGGUGAAAUGCAGAGUAAGCGUCAGGUUCACAGCACCCAGCUGGCAUCGUCUCACCUUUUAAUCCGCUUUGCAGCUUUUGCAUUUGCGCAGCAUCCCGUGCAUGCAUGUUUGGCUUUUGAAGGUAAAGGGGUUGUUUUAUGUGUAGUUUCUAUUGAGACAAAGAGGAGGCCGGCGGAUCCAUUGUUUUGCUUCUCACUGAAUGUUCGAGCAAAUCCCAGGAAUGUAGCCGUUCCGCGUCCGCAGAGGAAUCAAAACUAGACGCUGCUGGGCGCGGCCACGGGGCCGGCUUUGGGAAAAGGCUCCUCAUUCCAGAUCUCAUCCGUCAUCUUCACACACGUAACUUGAAUCCUCGGAGCUAAACAGUCGGGCCUCAUAAACACGAAGCUUUCCGAUAGAGACAGACACUUUAUUA